AGGACAAGAAGGAGGUGGUGGUGUCCGGUUUCCGUCCGCGUGUAUCCGUUAAUAAUAUUCAAAGUUUGAAGGGGCCUGGGUUGGGGGGGGGGGAGGGGGUGAAGGGGGGGAGAGCACCGACUUGGGAUAAUAAUAGAUAUACGACGCAGUGUGUAUGUACACACUUGCCGCAGUUUGUACGGAGCUAAUAGCCCGUGACGGAAUCGAGGACUAAUCGUCGGUUUGUCUGCGACUGCGGCGCGUAUCGUUGACGAAAUAUCGAUUGUAUCCGUCCGGGCUAUUUGCUCGAUCGCGACGCGUUGGCACGUGCCAACUUUAUAAGGGUGCGGAACGGAGGAGGUCUUGCCUCGACGGGGAACGGGUGCAGCGGGACCAAGAAGAAGGCCGGGGCGCAAACGAAUAACCCGGCUUCGGUGCUGAUCGGCGAGUGGCGUGAAGCUUAAUGGUCUUCCUUGUUCUUCUUUCCUCCGUCGCUUCGCGAAAUAUCGCGGAAUAAAGCUGCGCGAGACGUGUGUAACAAGACGUGCAUAACAAUAAUCGCGGGAUACGUUUAUCGUAAAGGCGUUCUCGAGAGUUGUAGAACGCCGUAAUACGCCGGCCUGCACCCGCUCCUCGUACGUCGUGUAACACCAACAGACUUCCCCACCACGACGCUGGGAGUGACCGCUUGGUGACCACAGUAAAAUAAGGUCUUGCGGAGUCCGGAGUCCGGAGUGAUCCGUACUGAGUGCCGGGGGCUUCUCUUCGACUCUAUACUAGUCGAUUCGCGUUGUUCCGCGGUACUCAGACUCCCGGAAACUAUACCUUCCGAGGACUUCUACGAGGCGUGAAAGUAAACGCAAGGUGCCUGCCUUUCUUCCUCUUGCCACGAACCACCGUCAUUCACGCUUCUCAAAGUGACUCGCGUCGCGUUGGUUUCCGCGUUGGUUUCGCCCCCACCCGAGACCACCACCCCGUACCAGUAUAAAAAGGCUUCUCGCCCCCAAAGACUACGAGGACAACGAUGUCGAACGGAAGGACGACCACUCGAAGAGCAACGGGCACCCCGACGAUGGCUCUGGUGCUUCUGGCACUUACGGUCCUUCUUCAGCUCCUGCUGAUGGCCCAUCAGAGCGAGGCUAGGCCAUCCUACACGCCGUUGAGACUCUGCUCCAGGAGUCUCAGCGACGCGCUCUACCUCGUCUGUAAGGACCGUGGAUUCAACGAGCCCUUCUCAUACUCGGGGGAGGACAACGACGAAGAGGAGAGUCGACCCGUGACCAACACUGGAUCCCGAAGGUUGAGUUUGGUGCAGGAGUGCUGCCACCGGUACUGCACUCUCGAACACCUGGAACGUUACUGCAAACCUGCUCAGCCAACGAGGAGAGAGGAUCCGGCCUCCCAGGGAAAUUCCAUUCAUGGAUCGCAGCGACCUCAGACACCCUUUAAAAUAGUCAGUCUACCGUAUUCUUCGGUGAAGGAGAUGCCGAUCGCGAAAGAUUCGCUUGCAUCAAUCGCCGCUCGUGUAUCGAGACGGAAACGGCGAAAAAAGGCACGACAAAAACAUGCCAAGGCCUGCCUUUGCCACGGGCCGAAACGCCGGAAACAACGAAUUCGCACGAGAUGGCGAAAGGUAUCCAGAGAAACGGUGAUUCCACUGGUGCCAGCCUUCCAGGUCGGCACAACGUCGCCGGAACCGAUCGACUCGAUCGUUAUUUUCCCGUUCAAGUCCGAGCUUAGCCUCGGACGGAUCAACGGUCCCGUUAUGGGCCCGGAGAAGAAGGAUCAUCUUCGCCGAUCGCGAUGACCCGUCGAUUGUCGAGGGUUGCGAACCGCAGGGUGAUCAGGGACGGAGGAUCGUUGAAAGGGAGUCCGAGUCUCUAACGGGGGGAUCCUUGCGCAGAAAGAUACUCAUCUUUACAUGUCUCGAUAGCAUACGCAUAUGGACAUUUGACCAUGUACUAUAUAUUUAUAUAUUAUAUACGUAACGACAUAAAUUUUUAACUAUGUACUGUAUGAUGACACCCGCGUAUCUCCCGGAAAGUUCUCGAAGCGGGUCUUCCGCACUGAUUAACGGCAGGAAUACACCCGCCUGGGGUGUGCGAUGAACAUGCUCCAUUAUUCGCGGUGUAUUCUUGCAAUGCUCGGCUAUAUCCUCUUUUUAGUACUCUACUCAACCAAUGAUCUCAUUAAAUUAUUUUACUUAGACUAGGCUGUAGUGUAAUAUAAUAUUUGUACUGUGAUUAAUAUCACAUGACUAUAAGGACUAAUUACAUAUGCUGUAUAACGUAUCGUCUUCUUAUACAUAUAAGUAUAACGCACACGUCGGUGGGGUAAGAUUAAUAUAUUAUUGAUGUAUAAGGUGACGAAUAAUUGAUGUUAACGUAGACCACGACUCCCCGGUAAAUUAUAUUAUGUGUGUGUGUGUGGGUGUAUGUGUGUGUGUAUGUUGUAUGUUGUAUGUUUACUUGAGAAUUUUACAAAUCACUCCGGAAAUCUAUUGUGACGAAAUUUUUUUAAUAAAA